AGGGCAGCUGGUCCAGUAAUUGGUCAUACCACAUUCUUCGUUCGCGAGCGACGGUUAUCCCAACUAUGCGAUACUUAAUAUUAUUUACAGUUCUGGCCGUGGCGGCAGCCGCGCCGAGGCCCGGUGGCCUCAUCGGCGGUUACGGCCUCGGCGGCUACGGCCUCAGCGGCUACGGACUGGGCGGCUACGGGCUAGGCGGACUUGGACACGGGGUGUCAUCAGUCAGCCUAGUGCAGCAACCAGUAGCGGUCGCGCAACCCGUAGUGCAUGCCGCCCCGGUAGUGCAGGCAGUCCACGCUCCCGUAGCCAUAGCUAAACCUGCUGCCACUAGCUACUCUUCGUUCCAACAGGUCGUCCACCCAGUCUCAAUCGCACAACCAGUCGUCCACGCCGCUCCGGUUAUCUCACAGCCCAUCGUACACGCGCCCAUCGCACAACCCAUCGUUCACGCGCCCAUCGCACAACCCAUCGUGCAGUCAUACCACGCGCCAGCGAUCGCGUCCGUGGGCUACGGACACGGGUGGUAGUUACUAUUGAAGCGUUAUAUGCGUCGAGAUCGUCGGUAGCGACAAUAAAGAUUUGUACCCUG